CCGUCUGAAACGUUUGAGAUUUCUACUCGGACGGAACGAAUUACAGAUUACAUUUGAGACACGCGUUUUAUUCGUCUGUGCGCGACAGAAAGUCAAACCAAAUUUUGAAAUAUAAUAAAGUAACUUCGUUGCUGGUUGUUCGCGAUAUGCGUAUUUUUAAAAUAUUUCUAGACUCGCGCAUCCCCUUCUGGUAUAUACGCAAACAGAAAAAAAGAGAACUGUUUCACCGUUGUUCCUCGUCGCGGAAAGAGAAACGGAGGUUGUUGCAGUUGAAAUUCAAAGGACAUUGGCAUUUUACCGUGAGGCCAGUCGAGAAAAGAAAAUUAGAAGAACAGAAGAAAAAUUGUCUCUUUCGGUCUCGAUCUCUCUUUGUUAAAGUCUGUUAAACGUAGGGCUGCGAUAAUAAGAGAGUAUAACGGUACGUAGCUGACGAUACGUCGUACGAUCCGUUGGUGGGGCGGCUCCAGAUUUUUCGGUUUCCGGAUCUAAACGAUCGUUUUAUCCCGUACACAGCGAAGAUACGAAAAGAAGGCGAAUACGGAGACAAAUAGAUACGGGUCAAUAGGUUAGCUGCUGAGGAAAAAAGCGAGCAGCGAGUAAGCUACGGGGCGAAAACGGUAAACAGGGUGGUUACAGGCCCAUGGCCGGGAACUCUUUUCGCCGGCUUUGGUCGUGGAUCUCGAUCAUGAUCCUGCCCGGAUGUUUGUUUUCUUUGAAUGGUGAACAAGUUCCAUGCGUUCCUUAUUUGUCGGAUACGAUCGACGAGAAUUACAACGAUAGCAAAGCGGAAGUAAUGCUUUUCUUAAGAGAAGAUUGCAACAGCGAGAUGAAUACCACCGAUAUGGCCACGGAUAUUCAAGACUAUUUCGAUCGAUUUAAUUUCGACGUGCAGAUCACCGUUAUACCCUUAUCGCUGUCGUGCGAAACGAAAACUUGGGGUCUCGACGCUCUGUUACGCGUACUUGGUGAAAGAAGAGCAAAAGCUCUCGUAGCCGCUCUUGACUCACCUAUGUGUGAAGUUACCGUUAAACUCGCGCAUCUCUGGAACAUGCCGUUGUUCACAUGGACUUGUCCUUUGAAAGACUCGGAGGAAAGGCAAGUUUCAUCGAUCGUUAGGCUGUCGCCGUCGUUACCUAUGAUAGCGAAAGCCCUCGCGGAGAUGCUGAUACACUUACAAUGGAAAACCGUAGCGAUAAUAGGAACAGAUCACGAGCCAUGGAUGAGUCUCGAAAGAGCAUUGUUGAACUCUUUGCAAAGUAUCGGAGCUGUAGUACGACGACGCGCGGUAUUACCACGGCGAGCUUCUUUCGAACAAAUUCGAAAAAUUCUUCGCACCGUUUACAAGGUUUCUCGCAGAGUUACGGUGUUAUGUCUACCCACAUCCGACGAAGACGGAUUAAUAACUCGUGUCCUCUCCGAGAUAGAUAACGUACAGCAAUCCUCUAAUUCCAUGUGGGACUCUAUGACCGUGAUUGUUCAUACGGAAGACGAUGACCUCUUUCUACCAUCCGGAAACACUUCGAUUUCUUAUUUCGAUUCAGCAACGUCCAAUGUUAACACCCUGGCAACUCUAACACCCUCGAAUCUCUCUGACUCUGCCUUGAACGUGUCCUAUGAAACGACAUUUGACAACUACGAUGACAGCGUAACGGUAGCAGACACGUUGGAGGAAGCGGAAGAGCAAGAAACCAGACAACGACCAUGGAAUAAAUCAAAAACAAGUAACCGAUUCCACCCGCCAAGAAACUUGAGCUCAACUUUUCUAGAAAGAUUGAUCACGAUAACACCCCUCGAUUACAGAUAUGACGUAGAAAAAGUAUUCGAGGGCGUAGAACGAUAUAUGGUACCGACGUUGAUGGACCGUUUGAACGAAACUCUUAAUAUCUUAAUGAACGACAAUUCUAGUAUAAAUGCAUUCAAUAACAAGAUCUACACGUACGUUAUGCUGGACUGGCGUGUUGACGCCUGGAAACCUAUAAUGAUCACCGUGGAAGGACGUGAAAAAUUGUUUGUUCGAAAGUUAUCGACGAAUGCGGUGGCUUUUCGUAAUAUGAAUGACACUGAUCUUCCGAGAUGCAGCAUCGAUGUCAACGGGAUUCCCUUUAUCGAUUGUACAGAGAAUACUUCCGACGAAUCAGCAUUGCGUAUCGCACAUAUCGUGACUAUCAUCCUGGGGUCGCUCUUACUAACUGUGUUCGCAAUAUCAGUCGCAAUCUUGAUUAGAAAGAAGUUGCUUAAGAAGAGAAUGUCCAAGGGUACGUACAAGAUCAUUUUAACCACGUCGGAUUUCGUAUUUCCUCAAGUGCCUCAAGUAGAUUCCAGAAGGGUGGAUGAGGGUAUCGAGAGAAUGUUAUGCUGUUGGUUGCAACAACUGCAAGAGUUUGGUGGACCCGAAGUAGAAAAGCCAGAUCUACUUCAACUAGGUAGCGUAUCUUCCCUGAAACCAUGUUUACGAACUAGCACAGGAAAUUUGACGCGUCAUAAUUUCUUGAAGGAUCCUCGUGCAAGAUACAACGGUGACUUUGUGCAACUGAAAGAACUACCAACUCAGGGUACGUUUGAACUGAAAAGCAAAACUAUGGAUGUAUUGGCCAUGAUUCAUGGUCUGCGUCAUGAGAAUCUCAAUCCUCUGAUAGGAUGUUUGAAUGAACCGACAAGACCGUGCCUUGUUUACGAAUAUUGUUCAAGAGGAUCGUUGGAAGACGUACUGGUGCAGGACGAGAUCAAGCUCGAUUGGUCCUUCAGAUUAUCGUUCCUCACUGAUCUUGUGCGGGGUAUGAGAUAUCUUCAUGGUACACCAGUGCGUGUACACGGUUAUCUUACUUCGCGAAAUUGCGUCAUCGAUGCUCGCUGGGUUCUCAAGGUAACCGAUUAUGGACUGCCUGUUUUUCACGAAGCACAAAAUAUCGUUCCUCCGGCAAAAACCGCUAGGGAUCUUUUGUGGACGGCACCCGAACUAUUAAGGCAACCAAAUCUUCGAAAGAAAGGAACGCAAGCCGGAGAUGUCUACAGUUUUGGUAUUAUUAUGCAGGAAGUGGUAGUCCGCGGAGAACCAUUUUGCAUGCUCGCUUUGUCCCCGGAAGAUAUCAUCGAAAAAGUGAUGAAACCACCGCCACUGAUUCGGCCGUCUGUAAGCAAAGGUGCCGCACCACCGGAAGCGAUAAAUAUCAUGCGUCAAUGUUGGGCAGAAGCAGCGGACAUGAGACCCGAUUUUAACGAUGUCCACGAUCUCUUCAAGAAGCUUAAUCAUGGAAGAAAAGUCAAUAUCGUCGAUACGAUGUUUCAAAUGUUGGAAAAGUAUUCGAACAAUCUGGAAGAGCUAAUACGCGAGCGCACCGAACAACUCGACAUGGAAAAGAAGAAAACGGAACAGCUAUUGAAUCGAAUGUUACCCAGCUCUGUUGCUGAGAAAUUGAAGCUGGGCAUGCCCGUUGAUCCUGAAGAAUUCCGCGAAGUAACGAUCUAUUUCUCGGACAUUGUUGGCUUCACGACCAUCUCUGCGCACUCCACUCCGUUCCAAGUAGUCGAUCUUUUGAACGACUUGUAUACCUGCUUCGAUGCCACGAUCAACGCAUAUACCGUAUAUAAGGUGGAAACUAUAGGAGACGCUUACAUGGUCGUAGGUGGCUGUCCCGUAAGAAUACCAGACCAUGCUUCUCAAAUAGCUACCAUGGCCCUCGAUUUACUGCACCAAAGCGGAAAAUUCAAGUUGAAACAUCUGCCAAAUACGCAGCUGAGACUUCGAAUUGGCCUUCAUACCGGCCCCUGUUGCGCCGGUGUUAUUGGCCUGACUAUGCCAAGAUACUGCCUUUUCGGUGAUACCGUUAAUACCGCAUCGAGGAUGGAGUCUACCGGCGCACCAUGGCGUAUCCAUCUCAGCCAAGUGACAAGAGAUCGACUGAUUCAGGCGGGUGGAUAUCAGAUCGAAUACCGUGGACGGACAGAAGUUAAAGGCAAGGGAAAAAUGCCUACUUAUUGGUUACUAGGGAAACAAGGCUUCGAUAAGGAACUUCCAAAGCCACCCACGCUCGGGGAAAACCAUGGGCUGAACGAGAGUCUAAUAUUUGAGAGCUCGAUGAACGAAGAAAACAUCGUAUCGGCAAACGGCACGCCUAUAUCCAUGGCUUUGUCUUGCGAAGAUACAAAGGAGGAGGACGAACGCAAAAACCCUAACGAAUGUCGCAACGUAAACGUCGACGAUGGCGAUACAGCCAGAAAUAUCGAUAAAAAUGCAGAGACGCGUAAAGUUGCAGUGUCUGUGCACGAUGAACAAGUUCACGAUUCGAGUUCUUCCUCGAAAUCAGCGCCAGUUUUAUCGUCGAAGACAAAACCGAACGAAAAAGAGAACGACGACGCGAAUCCAGCUACCGUCGUCAAAAGUACUACCAGCGAUACUCAAGCGCCUCUAGGAACAUCUGCUAUAUUUUAUCCGGAAACAGCUGUUCUUGGCGCAUCUACCACUUCUCUUACGUCGAUUUCAAGCUCGGCUACGAUUCCUUAUAGACCGGGACCGCCAAGACAUCGAAGAAUAGCCGGUUAUAUCGACGAGAACGACUUGAGCACGCCAUACAAUCAUUACAGAUGUCUGUCUCCGAACGAACAUUAUGGAAGAAGCACAGGUUGUCGUUUCUUGAAGAGGCAGUUCAGCCUAGAUCGGCCCGAUGAAACCGCCUGCCUUGGUUUCACCGAACCGGCCAAUUAUCAGCCGCAGCUUCAACACCAUCAUUAUCAUCAGCAACAACAACAAAACACGAAUACGGCAGCAACAAGACUGUACAAACAGAACAGCGCGGGCGCAGCGAACGACUUGGAACGUAUCGAAGAGGUUCCAUCUACUCCGGCACCUCUUCUUCAGCACUACAGACAAGCCGCAUCCGUUUCUCUUUCCGUCGAGUCUUUGACGCUUCGUUGAUAAAUGUUCCAUUUUAGUUGGUCAAAAUGUCGAUCAGUGAGCACCUGCGACUAAAAUCUCACAAAAAAAAAAUAUGACAAUCGUCACGAAUAUUCGUGAGUCAUCGGAUAUGCUGUAUAAACGAUAUUACAUUUCUAAAAUGAUAAAAGAACAGUCGUGUCGGUCAUUGCGAAAAUUAAAAAUUGUAUCGGUCCUCUUGGAAUUCUUUCUUACAAUUUUACGAUACUGAUAAUAGAUCGACGUUUGAUCUAUGAUCGAUCGCUGAUUACGGUCGCCAAGUAUAGAGAAAAGUUUAUACCCAUUAUCGCGGAUGACAAUCUCUGUUACAUAGACACGCAUAUGUGUACAUGCAGGCUUCGCGUUAUGUUCUUCGCAUAGGAAACACGUACAAACUCUGUAAUUUUGCGUUUCUUCCGAUCCGUAUUUGCUCGGUCGCUUCGCUUCGUAAGAACGGAUACGAGUCGCCAAUGGCAUGCGAAACGUUUAUAAAAAGCGAACGUUGAUUACAGAAUCGAUUCUGUCGUGGAUGAAAGUUGAUGCGUAAAAACGACGAGGCUUCUUUUCCAAGUUAUAAAUAAUUUAAUCCUGCGCUACGAAUCGCGUUUGUACACGCGCAACCCACCUUAUGCCAGUGCAAGUAAAUACUUACUUGCACAUUCGAUCGAGCGACAGGGAACCUAUCGUAUCGCGAUGUCGCUUGCCAAGCAGGGCGCCUCGACGAAAAAUAUUCAAGGCGCAUAAUCGUAUCAGUUCGGAUACGAUCGACUGACGAAACGAAAUUUUAAUGCGAUGCACGCGUAACGGUGCAUAUAUCGUUGUAAAAAAAUUGAAGAAGACUCGCAAUACCUUCUAUUUUCUUAUUCAAAGAAAGGUGAACGCAUACGAGUCGUAUAAAUUUGCGGUAAUUCAGCGUUGUAAGGUAGUGUCUUAUAGCGCACAUCGCAUCGCAUCACGUUUGAUCCGCCUACUUGCUGAAAUCCACAGAAUCGUAAAUAAGAACUCGCUCUAUAGCAUCAUUUAAAUAUCGCGCGUUUAAAUAUAUUCAUAGUUAUGGGAAAUUCUAUCACGCGCCGCUGUUAAAGCUACUACACGCACCUGUUACCUACCUGCUGUCGCUUACAUUUCGCACACAGAUUAUUUGAUAAAAAUUUCCUUCGAGAUCGACGAAAUUUUAUUCCUAAAAUGUUAUUCCGUUGUACAUCUUUAAGUUUCCAGCGUUCGGCUCGUUCAUUUCGAACGAAGAAAGCGAGAAAUAUUAAAUGUACACCGGUGUAAUUAAUAUCGUAUAAUUGAUAUCAAUGUCGUUCGAGUUGCCCACUUUUUUUUUUAUCGAUAACCCGAUACAGUUAAUUACGACUUGGAACGAAACGUUGCGUGUUUCUACGUAAGGUACAUAAUGUUGCGAACAAUCCAACAAAGCAAAAUCUUAUCGUUAAGAUUGUUCCUAAAAACCUUGCUGAAAUGAGACAACACGCGAGACAAAUACUUUAUUACUGUAAUAGGAUUGCAUGCAAUUUGGCAAGCAACUAAGCGUAUUCGCACCAUUUCCGUACAGCAAGAGAAGAAGUUUAUUAUUUUCUCAUGAAUGUGUGCGCUACAUCGUCGUCCCUGAACCGUCGUCGACAAUAAUUCAAAAAUCUAUGAUAUAAAGACGUAGGUAUUUCUCUCUCUCUCUCUCUUUCCGAUUUCCAAUCGUGCAAUUACCUAUCGUAAAGAUUAAUUUCGCGAAUUUUUCGAACGUAACGUGUACUUUGAGAUUAAGGAUAAGAGGAUUAAUGAACCGAACGAUGCGACGUUAAACGCGCCAAUUAAAAAUUGCGUGCGUGCGCGACCUCACACGCAAUUAAUUACGAUGAAACAGCGCGUGCAAACGUGUUUUAUGUGAUCGUGCAAUAAUUUGUGUGUUAGAUGUACGAAUAAGUGUAUAUAGCGCACAUAAUGUAUAGAUGGACAUUUUAUAAUGUUGCAAGCGUUCGUGGGCGAAAGAUUAUCGGGAGAUUGUCAACGAAUUUUUCGCAUCGCGAACCUUAUAACACGUAUAUAUGUAUAUUGGAAAGAAUUGUGAUCGAUAAUAAGAUGUAAAAAUACGAGCGUUUAUUUAACAUCAAGCCAUUUUAAUCAAUCAUCUGACAAAUGAACCACGUAAUUCGUUCUACGCAACGAUGCGGCUAAGAACGGUGCGAUAAACUGAUGCAAAACGUGGAGCAGAGCAUACACAUGGAAAGUAAAAUUUGAUCGAUGAUACAGGAAAAUGAAACUCUUUUUCUAUGUACUCCUUUUCUUUUCCCUUUAAGAUAAUCAAAGUGACGAUGUUACUUUGUAUUCGUCCUGAUGCAAUAAUUCAUUUUAAGCAAUAAAACAGUAUGACGAUA